AUGCGGCGGCAGGCGGAGGAGACGAACGAUCAAGAGGUUGGUAUCGGCCUGCCGCAACGUCGGCGCAAGGGCGUUGAGCGCCGUCGGCGUGACGGUCGGGAGAACGUCGAGGGUGAGGGUCUUGGAGUGGAAGCGCCGGGGCAGAGACGAGCCCUCUGCAUCCUCGCCAUGGACCCCCAGAUGAAAGAGGCCACCCCGUGUCUGCCGAGGACCGCUUGGGUAGAUGACCACGUGUCGAGCGCGACGGUUGAGAACGCCGUCCACUUGCUUACUGACUUGCCGGCUAGUGGUCCUGAAACUCAGGAGGCUGGAUACAGACGUAUACCCCAAGAUCGUCUCAAAGAUGUGUGGAUAGCUCUGGUGAUCAAGUGUGACGCGCGGGGUAGAGGAGGCUGGGUAGAAUGGAGAGUGCGGCGUGAUGGGCGAUUCGACCGUAGACGCGCCACUUUCGGUGCUGGACGUGCUAUCCUUGCGUAUCUGGAUAGGAGUCGGGCACAUGACGGCCUUGACGCUCUGGUAGGGUUUGGAGAAACGAAUCAUGAGAAUGAGAUGAUUGGUGAUGAGAAGUGA